AUGGAAUCGGAUGAAUAUCUGGGUGCAAAUGGCGACCUUUUCAUUCAUCGAUUGAAAGAAUUGACAGAUGAGGAAAAACAGCGCUUGGAAUUGCAAAACUCAAGAAUAAUACCUGAAUCAAAAGCAUCAAGAUUAGAAAAAGAUGCGAGAAGACACUGGGAUAUUUUUUAUAAACGUAAUGAAACUAAAUUUUUUCGAGACCGGCAUUGGACAACACGUGAGUUUCAAGAACUUAUAAACUUUGAGGUUGAUCAAGAAAUUAUAUAUCUCGAAUUGGGUUGCGGUGUUGGUAACAUGAUAUUUCCCUUGGUGGAAGAGGGAUUUACAAAUUUUUUUUUCUACGCGUGCGAUUUUUCACCACGUGCUGUUGAUUUCGUCAAAGCAAAUAAAUUGUAUGAUGAGAAUAGAAUGAAAGCAUUUUGUGCUGAUAUUACAACAGAGGAUUUAUUUGAUAAUAUACAAGAGAAGAGUGUUGAUAUAGCAAGCCUGAUUUUUGUGCUAUCAGCUAUCCAUCCUUCCAUGUGGUUGCACGUAGCAAAAAUUGCUUACCGAGCUCUAAAGCCUGGUGGGCUCCUUUUGUUUAGAGACUAUGGUCGAUAUGAUAUGGCGCAACUACGAUUUAAGCCUGGUCAUAAAAUAGCCGAGAAUUUCUACAUGCGACAAGAUGGCACAAGGAGUUACUAUUUUAGUGAAGAGGAACUAGCAAAGUUAUUUUCUGAAGCUGGUUUUGAAAUCAUUAUGAAUACAUAUGUUCAACGUAGAACUGUGAAUUUUAAGGAAGGCAUAGAUGUACCGCGAAUAUUUGUCCAAGGAAAAUAUAGAAGACCUGAUGAAAAUACCAAUGAUAGCAAG